AUGGCAUUACGAGUUCCAAAGAGUGCUUACCCUCAGCUCUUUAAAGAGGGUUAUAAGAACCUUCAGGGUGUCGAAGAAGCAGUUAUAAGGAAUAUCCAAGCGAUCCAUGAACUUUCAGAAAUCGUCAGAACUUCUUUUGGACCAAACGGACGGAACAAGAUGGUGAUCAAUCAUCUCGAAAAACUUUUUGUCACCAAUGACGCCGCUACGAUUAUUCGUGAGUUGGAAGUUAUACAUCCCGCAGCAAAAUUAGUGGUGAUGGCAAGUCAACAGCAAGAACAAGAGAUUGGUGACGCGACCAACUUUGUUAUAAUACUCGCGGGUGGACUGUUGCAGAAAGCAGAAUAUUUACUGCGGAUGGGGCUUCACCCAAGUGAAAUCGUGCAAGGCUACGAACUCGCCAGUAACAAAGCAUUGGAAAUUUUAGAAGGUUUCGGCGUGGAAACAGUAACUGAUUUAAAGUCCAAGGAUAGUCUUUUUAGAGCGGUCAGACCGGUUAUUGCCGCUAAGCAAUAUGGUAAUGAAGAAUUGCUUUCGAAUUUGGUUAUCGAAGCAGCGCUUAUUGUCAUGCCAAAGAAUCCGGCGACUUUCAAUGUGGACAAUAUUCGAGUGGUAAAAAUUAUGGGCAGCAGUAUUCACGAAAGCAAGGUGGUUAAAGGUAUGGUUUUUGGUCGCGAGCCUGAGGGCGUUGUUACCAAAGCGCUUAAGGCAAAGAUUGGUGUUUUCACGUGUUCCCUGGACACCGCACAAACUGAGACCAAGGGAACCGUGUUAAUUCAUAAUGCUCAGGAAAUGAUGAAUUUCACAAAGGGGGAAGAGCAACAUAUGGAAAAGAUAUUCAAAGAGUUGGCCGAUGCGGGAAUUAACGUAGUCGUAACUGGUUCUGGUAUAGGAGAUUUGGCUUUACACUAUUUAAAUAGAUUCAACAUAAUGGCUAUAAAGGACCUCCGACACCUGAGGAAAUGGGCUAUUGUGAUAUCGUUGAAACCGUCGAAAUCGGCGGAGACAGGGUCACGGUCUUUAGGCAAGGAUUCGAAGGCGAUUCAUGAAACUUUCAGGAAAAAUUCUCAUUGGUAUCAUUUAUAUGUUACUGAACAUUUCCUAUUGCAUCGCAACGUUACGAUAGAGAAUGAAAAUUCCAAAACAUCGACCAUCGUAAUCCGAGGUGCAACUCAAAAUCUUCUUGAUGACAUUGAACGUGCUAUCGAUGAUGGCGUAAACAUCGUAAAAGCGGUCACCAGAGAUGGACGACUGGUUCCGGGAGCUGGUGCAACCGAGAUGGAAUUGACCAAGCGGUUACUAUCUUUUGGAGAGGUCACACCUGGAAUUAAUCAGCAUUCCAUAAAAUCAUUUGCGGAGGCACUUGAAGUGUUCCCACGUACUUUGGCAGAAAACGCAGGAUUAGACGCCACACAUAUUCUUUCGAAACUUUAUGCGGCACAUCACCAGGAUGAUAGUGGUGUGAUUGGCGUGGAUAUUGAAAGUGAAACUGAAGAUUGUAUUCUGGAUUCGGUUAAGGCUGGUAUCUUGGAUUCUCUGGCAGCAAAAAGUUGGGCUUUGAAAUUUGCCACGGAUGCAGCUUUAACAGUUUUAAGAGUCGAUCAGAUCAUUAUGAGCAAACCGGCAGGUGGGCCUAAACCUCCGCAACAGAAUUCCAAUUGGGACGAAGACUAG